AUGAACAAAAUCCCUUUGGAGCUGUGCAUGUGGUGGGAAGACCUGGGUAAAUCAGGGCAAGAUAAGAGUCGUCAAGAGACACAGGACCUUCAAUUCGAGAAUGGUUUGCAAGCCGCGGUGGAUGAGGGUGAAAAGAAAAAGCUAGCGAAAGAAAAUGAGGCCCUUCGAGCCCAGAUUCGAGAAAUAAAAAUAGCAGCUGAAAAUCCCGCCAGAAGUGCAAAGGAUGAAAAGCUUAUAAAGAACCUUAGGCAGAAGGUGGGCGAGUAUGGUUCUGAUUUGAACAAAGCAGAGGGUGAACUAGCCAGGGCUCGAACAAAAUUGGCUAAGAAUGCGGAGGAACGAGCGCGCCUGGUUAAACAGUUAAAAGAGGAAUACGACAAUGAGGUUGCAGGGUCGAAGAAAAGGGUCAUCAUCGUUGAGAACAAAAUGAUCAAGCAGGCGAAAGACUUUAAGGCUGAAAGAGAACACUGUUAUGCAGCAAUGGCACGUUUAGAAAGAGAUUUGCAACAACUUCAAGAACAGAAUCAAGUAGCUGAACAAACUUUGGAAGGUAGGGCCAAGCAAAUUGGGCAUUUGUUGCAAGAAAAGGGUGUCAUAGGAGAGAGAGUCAGAAGGAUCACCGACUACAUCGCGAUGAAAUGCAGUAGUUGUGAGGACAUGACUAGAUCCAUGUUCUUUGCCACUAUAAUGACUUUUGUCCGCCAGAUAAUGGAAGAUCUCUAUCAUCUCCAAGGGGAUUUGGCACAGUCUGUUUGUUUCUUUUUCAAGUCUGUUAGUUUUUGA